AUGGAAGCCCAAGCAGGCGAAGAAGAGAUAGGCAGAGGUUCAGGGCGGAGAGGGCGCGAACGUUUCGGAACACAAGACUCUUGCAUUUCUGGGCGUCAACCCAGAGUCAACCAAGCGGUUCCUGGCUUCUUUGCAGAGCUUCUCACUAAGGAUCCUGGCGCCCUCCAGGCGCAUGAAUACCACCAGACCCGGCGCCGGACGGCAAAGCUCCUCAAGAGACAGACGGCAUACCUGCGCCGGUCUACCACAGAGGCCGAACCCCGGCCCCUCUCCGCCAUUCUUGACACUUGGGACCAGAUCCGGAGCAUCCUGGGACCCCAGAUGCCGCGCCCCGACGGACUGGACAUGUCAGAUUUCGCACCCAACCCCCACAUUGCCAAGCUGGGUGGCAAGGCCGCCCAGGAGUUUGUGGCCGCCUCUGGCGAGGCUAUCUUGCGCGUGGCUGAGUGCCUCGGCGAGUCGCUUGAGGAAGAUAUACCGGAUGACAAGCUCACCAGCGAGGUCACCCGUGUCAUCAACCACUCCUUCUUCCUGAGCAAGGUGGUGUCGGGAAAGCCGCCUCCCGACAUCGACUUUGAGAGGACCCUCGAUAGCUUCGAAUACAGAGCUCAGGCCGACCUGAUGUCUUCGCGGGCCCACGCAGCCGCUGCGACUAGCGAUGAUGAUGACGACGGGGAGGAGGAUGCGGGGGCAGUCCAGCCCCAUGUGCAGCAACGCUACAGUGAUGGCGAUGAGGACAAUGAUCAGGGCCGCCCUAACAAGGCCGAAAUCUUGCGGGAGGCAUUCCGGUUCCUCCCCCACCAAGUUGCUGAUGCAUGUGAAUGUUAUCAGUACUGCAAGCGCAGUCCCGUGCGGUGCUAUAUCAAUGGCACAGAUAUGGGUGUUGGCAAGAUGUUGUCAGGCAUGGCUUCCAUCUAUCUGAUGUACAAGGACCAGAAGUCUCGGCACGAACGUGGUCUCCUCACCCACCACCACGUGUUCGGGCCCAACAUGUAG